AUGGGCGACGGCCGCGGCGGAGGGUCAAACCGCCCCGCGUGGCUGCAGCAGUACGAGCUGGUGGGGAAGAUCGGCGAGGGCACCUACGGCCUCGUCUUCCUCGCGCGCCUCAAGCCAACGCAUCCCCAGGCUGCUGGCCGCCGCGGCUCCCCCAUCGCCAUCAAGAAGUUCAAGCAAUCCAAGGAGGGCGAUGGCGUCUCGCCUACCGCCAUCAGAGAGAUCAUGCUCCUGCGCGAGAUCAACCACGAAAAUGUCGUCAAGCUCGUCAACGUCCACAUCAACCACGCCGACAUGUCCCUCUAUCUCGCCUUCGAUUACGCCGAGCAUGACCUCUAUGAGGUUAUUCGGCAUCACAGAGAGAAGCUUAACCUCUCCAUUAACCAAUACACAGUUAAAUCCUUGCUCUGGCAACUGCUCAAUGGCCUCAACUAUCUCCAUAGUAACUGGAUUAUCCAUCGAGACCUCAAGCCUUCUAAUAUACUGGUCAUGGGAGAAGGAGAAGAACAUGGAAUUAUAAAGAUUGCUGAUUUUGGUCUGGCUAGGAUAUAUCAAGCUCCACUAAAACCACUAAGUGACAAUGGGGUUGUUGUAACUAUCUGGUAUCGUGCACCUGAGCUGUUACUUGGAGCUAAACACUACACAAGUGCUGUUGACAUGUGGGCAGUUGGUUGCAUUUUUGCCGAAUUGCUUACACUGAAACCACUGUUCCAAGGGGUUGAAGCAAAAGCUACUCCAAACCCUUUUCAACUCGAUCAACUAGACAAGAUUUUUAAGGUCUUAGGUCAUCCUACGGUCGAGAAGUGGCCUACCCUUGCAAAUCUUCCAUGCUGGCAAAAUGACCAGCAACACAUUCAGGGGCAUAAGUAUGAGAACACAGGUCUUCAUACUAUUGUUCACUUGCCGCAGAAGGGUCCUGCAUUUGACCUUCUCUCAAGAAUGCUCGAGUAUGACCCUCGAAAGCGUAUUACAGCUGCACAAGCUUUGGAGCAUGAGUACUUCCGGAUGGACCCGCUACCUGGACGAAAUGCACUUGUACCAUCUCAGCCAGGCGAGAAAAUUGUCACAUAUCCUGUUCGUCCAGUAGACACCUCAACAGAUUUUGAAGGAACAACAAGCCUUCAACCAACUCAACCGCCAUCAGGGAAUGGACCUCCAGGAGGCCAGCCUGUACCAAGACAAAUCCCAAGGCAAAUGCAACAGCCUAUGGGUGGUAUGCAAAGAAUGCCUCCUGGUGCAAACAUGGGUGCCUUUGGCGCAGCACCCCAAGCAGGCAUGGUUGGGAUGAAUCCCGGUAACAUUCCAAUGCAGAGAGGCGCAGGUGGCCAGUCUCAUCCACACCAGUUGAGAAGGAAGGCUGAUCAAGGGAUGGGGAUGCAGAACCCUGGGUACCCUCAGCAGAAGAGGCGCUUCUGA